GGUAGGUGGAGGGGGCUGAGCUGCUGCUCUCUGACCCCAGCGGCCGCUCCGCUCACUGCACUCUCUCUCUGCCGCUCAACGCUGCCUGGCUCUCCCUCCUCCCAGGACCAGCCCUCCCGCUCUCCAAGAGGCUGCUGCUUCUCUUUCCGCAGGAGCCAGCCGAGGUCCCGCCGAGGUCCCGCCGGGUCGAAGGUUUCGCCCUGCCCGCCCCAGACCGCCUCUACACCGGGCUGCCUCUCCUCCGCUGCUCCGCCGCCGCCGCAUGGACCCGCGGAGCUCCGCGUAGAGGGCGACCCCGACCCGCUCACCAAGCCCCGCCGUGAGAGGAGAGGACCGAGCCGCCAAGGCUGCACCGUCUUGAGUCGUGGUGACUCGGUCGGCUGGGUCGCCACCGCUGCCCCCCUGCCGCCGCUGGGAGACUUCUUGGGCUUUUCUGAGCGGCUCUGAAGGAUGACCGCUGCACGGCUCGCUGCUGAAUCCCGGUGAACGAACGGCGUCUCAUGUCCAAGCGGUGGAAGGAUGGCUCAUGGCAAAGUGACCAUCGCGGUGGACGAGUACAGCUCCAACCCCACACAGGCCUUCACGCAUUACAACAUCAACCAGAGCCGCUUCCAACCUCCGCACGUCCACAUGGUGGACCCCAUUCCUUACGACACUCCCAAGCCGACCGGCCACACCAGGUUCGUGUGCGUGUCGGACACGCACUCGCGUACAGAUGGCAUCCAGAUGCCCUACGGCGACGUGCUGCUCCACAUGGGCGACUUCACCGAGCUCGGCCUGCCGUCUGAAGUCAAGAAGUUCAACGACUGGCUAGGUGGCCUCCCGUACGAGUUUAAGGUGGUGAUCGCCGGGAACCACGAGCUCACCUUCGAUAAGGACUUUAUGGCUGAGCUGAUCAAGCAGGAUUACUACAGAUUCCCUUCGGUUUCCAAGCUCAAACCAGAGGACUUUGACAAUGUCCAGUCGCUCCUGACGAACUGUGUGUACCUGCAGGACUCGGACGUCACCAUAAAGGGAUUCCGGAUAUACGGGACACCGUGGACUCCGUGGUUUAACGGCUGGGGGUUCAACCUGCCUCGGGGUCAGUCUCUGCUGGAUAAGUGGAACCUCGUCCCAGAGGGCAUCGACAUCCUGAUGACCCACGGGCCUCCACUGGGUUUCCGAGACUGGGUUCCCAAGGAGCUGCAGCGAGUCGGCUGCGUGGAGCUUCUCAACACGGUCCAGAAAAGGGUGCGACCCAAACUUCACGCCUUCGGAGGCAUACAUGAAGGGUACGGCAUCAUGACAGACGGCUACACGACGUUCAUAAACGCGUCGACCUGCACGGUGAGCUUCCAGCCCACCAACCCCCCCAUCGUGUUCGACCUGCCCAACCCCUCCAGCUCCUGAGACCAGAGGGACCCGAGGACCUGGGGACCUGGGGACCUGGGGGGGGGCCCACGGGCCCACGGGCUGGAUUAAACUACUUCUUUUCUAUGAAUAUGUCAAGUUUAAAAACAAAAUAAAAAAAAUCUAAGUGUUUCUUUGCAGACUUUUGUCGCUCCUCUCCGAGGCGUGGAGCCGGAGCGGAGCUGAAGUUAGGGGGGGGGGGGGGGGGUUUAAAGGAGAACACCGGUGUUUGACCUGUUUUUAAAGCUUGUGCCAACUGUCCGGUCCCCUGCCAUCCGCCAGCACAGCUGAAGACAUGGAGCCUUAUUUUUUCGCUCACCGUUCACGUGCAGAAACUUGCUUUUGGCCGCGUUUCACUCGGUAGAGAUGAGUUUUUAUUUCGGCGACGCUUCUCCUCACGCUCCCCGUCCUGUCAGCCGCAGGAAGGAACAGACGUAAUCCCUUAAAAACCUGCUGCCUUAGUGCAAAACGCCAGAUGAAAGCGGCAACGUUUCCACACCAAACGGACAGAUUUAGUGAUCACAGAGAAGCAAAGUGGAGGAAUGUUUUCUUCCCUCUUCAGGACUGUUUGUCAGCCGGCACCGGUGUUCUCCUUUUGUUUGAAGGGCGGGGCGGGGCGGGGGGGGUUUGUGGUUAAACAAUCUUGCUCUUGAUAAAUAUUGGUCAGAUCUGUAAAAUAAAUGAUGCUUUGUGAAUUUGUACAAUUUCUUUGUUUGGUUUGCAUUGGCGAGACGAUGGGUGCCGAUGUUUUUUUUUUUUUUUUUUUUUGGAUGUGUCAUGAAAUGUUUUUGUGUUCAGGCUUUUUUUUUUUUGUUCUGUUUGAUUUCUCGUCAGUUCUUCUUUUGUUGUAGGCUGACAGGGACGCUGCCUUAAACUAGCUUUAAUGUUCUCAGCUAGAGCCCACUCUCUGCAAGCUCAGAGAAAAGUCCUUAUUUAUUACCCAUCAUCCCCGCCGAGCAACACCCGACUAACGCAGGGACAGAAAGUCAUCCGAUUACAGCCUGAAAAAUUUCACUUUGUAUCAUCCCAUUAUUAUUAUUAUUAUUAUUAUGGAUUUCUGAUCUAAUUUGGAAAAUGUAUGUAUAAAAUAUAUAUAUUAUAUAUCCAUGUUGUAAAACAUCUGUACUAAAACCUGUUUGACAAAAAAAAACAACAAAAAAAAACUAAACAUCGGGUGCAUUUUUUUCCCCGUGCACCUGUAUGAUUGCCAUGUUUCUUGAAGCUCCCAUCAAACACUCGUUAACAGCUUCUUCAAUGUUUUAUUUUUCGUUAAAAACUUUUGAAUCAGUCACAAUCCAACAGGUGUUGAUUGUUCCUAACAACACACCUGCCUAAACAUGGUUGAGUUGUCUUUUAAAAGUGUAAAAUCUGAUAGUAUUUGUGUUUAUUGCUUUUUUUUUUCUAAUUUUGCACUGUGUGUAAAUGCAAUCUUGCUAGCACAAAAAAAAAGUUGCCAAUAGUUGUCUCAACUUGUCUCAACAGCUGUAAAUGCUCUUUCCGUGCUCUGUUCUUCUCUCGCUCUUUCUCUGAUUGUAUCCUUCUUCAUGGAAAUGUUAGUUCUCUCUUUCAGUUCAUUGUGAUAUAUUUAGCUGCCUUUAUAUGCAAAUAAAAUUGCAAGAUUUUUACUUA